AUGGGGAUUAAGGCUGUCGUCAGCCAUAUGCAGAGCCAAAAACAUAAAACGAGAGAGACAAUUGCCAGGAGCCACACACAGACCCCAGCCAUUUCUACGUUUUGCAUCUCUGCCCCGGCGCCACCGCCGCAGACGGUCCGCGCUGCUAGCACUGACCUGAGGGUAGCAUUUGGUGCGACACCAACACUGAAAGCGGAGGUGUUGUGGAUUCUAAACACAGUGGUCAAGCACCAGUCCUACAACUCGAAUGAGGGGAUAGGAGAUCUCAUCGGUUUGAUGUUCCCUGACCCUCAAAUCGCGAGCACCUUUACUGCUGGAAGGGACAAAACGGCGUAUAUAACUCGCUUCGGACCAGCGCCUUUCAUCCGAAACGAGCGAAUCUGCAGCGUCAACAAGGCUGAUUUUGUUUUGAUAUUUGAGACGUUGAACCACGCCAAUAAAACUCAUUCAACACCAUCUUACUCGGAUACAGCAUCUUCCCUCACGGAUACCAUAUCACUUUCAUCAAGCGACAGUGACCUAAGGGAACAUGGUAUUCCUGCAGGCCGCAGUAGAUCCAGUAAAGAAGACAUGGGCAGUUCUGCAGCGAAAGAGAUGGUUGAAGAUGCCUUGAAUAGGAAGCCUGGUGGAGAGGAUAUCCUUGAAGAAUACAGGGGAGAAAAUUCACUAAGCCACCGCACCCGGAGACAGCUUGUAAACAUAUUGGCAAGUGAUAUGACCGAGAGACAUGGCAGGUUUCCCUCCCGUCAGCAAAAGGAGAAGUAUGCCCUAGGAAUUAUUACUGUCUUUCCUUCACUGAAGGAUCCCUUUUCUCCAAAGGGCUAUGUCAAUCAAGACUUCCUGCUGCUGUUUGGUGCUGAAACAGCCACCAAGUUGCUUGAAAAGUGGGACACCUCAUUCAAGCCAAAAGUCAUCAAAGAGGCCAAACAGCUGACUCCGUCAACUGACCUGUGUCAUUUGCUAAAAGCUGCAGAGAAGCUUGCAGAGAAUGGGAAGAGGAGGACCAAAAUAAGUCCAAGGGAUGCAGCAGACAAAAUGGUGCACUUUCACAAGUCAUGCUGCAGCAUCGAUGAACACCUGCAAGAAAGAGAUGGCAAACCAUACAUCCUUGCAGUCGGCCGAACCCAGAGCAGGAUUGACACCUUUUACAUCGCAGUGGACAAACAACUCAUCCCCUGCCAAGCCACCAGCUCACUGGGUGCUUUUGAUGAACUUUUCAAAUCCCACUACGUGUUCAACUUAAAUUACGACGAGUCUCUGGUUCAUUUCUACAGUUUUGUGCAGACUACCAUUUUCAACAUUGACGCUACCUCAACAGACGAGUCACCGCGUGUUCGUGAGUUGCGUGCUAAAAUUUUGAAUGAGAACAAUGUUUAA